UGGAAGGCCUACAUGGAUCCAUCUUUAAGAUGGAUGCUUUACACUUUCUGGACUGCAAUGUAGAAAUGCGCUCCAGCCCGCAUGGAACAAUUUUCCUGUUUUGCAUGAUGCCGCUGGCUUCUCUCUCUGCGCGCACGGCUUCUCUCACUGCACUCACGCAACAGAUACAGAAGAAGCUUCAACAGGCUCUAGACUCCCAAUCUCAAAGAUCCAGCUUAUUACAAGAGUUAUUCACAGAUGUAGCUUUAGAGGUUGAUGUUCGUGCUCAAGACAUCAUUCUCAGCAUGGAUGACGAUGGAGCUUCUUCAAGAGAGGAUGGGAUCAAGAGCUCGUUGUGUUUCUACGAUGUGCUUGCUGACCACUAUGCUAAGAUGCCUGAUAGUGGAAAGCCUAUUCUUGAUUUGAUCGUCCAACUAUGGAGCCAGUCAUUUGCGUCUCAUAUUUUUGCACUUCUUUUCCACAAAUGGUUAUUUGAAGUUCCACUUGAGAAUUCAGAUGGUGCUUUACGUUAUGCAUCUGCUCUUGUUCAAGGAGCUACCAAUGUUUUCUGGAUUGAUAUUCAAAGCAAUAAAAGACGGUUUUUCUCAUUGUUUCGUUACCUUUUUGAGGAUGUGACACUUGUCCCCCUGCGCAUAAAUAAAAUUCCUUUGCAGUCCCGACGUGAUCUAUAUCUUCUGCUGUCCAGGUUUCUCUUUUUCUAUGAUAUAGUUGACAAACUAGAUGAAUUCCUGUUUCAUUUUCCCAACUUUCCAAAUGCUUUCUUGGUUGGUGGGCCUGCAGAUGUUUUUGUGAUUGAGUUUACAGACCAGCUUCAAAAGUUGAAGGUGGAACCUGUACUCCUGCACUACUUGUCACAAAUGAAAGUUCUUCAGGGACUGGAGCUAAGACUGACUACAAGCACACGGAUGAAAGCGUGCCUUUAUAGCUUCACUUCUCCAGGCGCUCCAAUGUAUCCAACAAGAGCUGUUCGUCAUGCGGCCUGGGAGGCAUUGGACCUACUUUUCCCUGUGGGACGUUAUCCUCGCCAUCUUAUAAGCUUGUUUUUCCGCUUAUUAUAUCCCUGUUAUUGGCCCUCCUCUUUUUGGAAUUUUAUUUUAUCAUGCAUCGAUGCCAUUAUAACCUACAUAUAUCGAGUGGUUUUCAAUGCAUUGCAGUAUAUGAGGACAAAGAAAGAUUCAUAAUGUAUACCAUAGGGAAAUGGGUUAGGUAUUCAAAGAUAGAACCCAUUGCUCCCUGUCAUAUAUGAAUUUGUUGGUUUGGUUUGCUAGUGUAUGUGUAUCAAGUUGUUGUAUCACCAGAGGCCUGUCUAAAUCUCUCUCCGGAAAACUUUUCGCUGCAGAGGUUGGGAAAAGGCCUUAUUUUAUUUUGGUUGUUAAACGCCCCCUCUCUCUCUCUCUCCCUGCCUUAUGAUCCUGCUAAAAUCUAAGUAAUUGUCUCUCACGUUCAACUGGGAUUGUGUACAUUUUGUAAGAAUAUUUAGCUUUGGUAAAAGAAUACGACAAUCACUUUAAAUUGCACAGCU